AUUAAAAUUUAGCCAAUCACGAGAAAUAUCGAAGAAGAUCAACAGAAGUGGCCGAUUUCAUUAUCUUUUGGAGGCCGGUUGGACUGGAGAUGGCAAAAUGAUUGGUAUCACGGAACCGAGGAGAGUAGCCGCCACCUCACUGGCCAAUCGUGUUGCUGACGAACAAAACUGCGUCCUCGGCACUGUCGUAGGAUAUUCGAUACGCUUUGACGAUUGCACCGGCGAAGAUACGAAAAUUAAGUUCAUGACCGAAGGUAUACUGCUUCGAGAAAUGAUGGGUGAUCCUUUACUGACCAAUUACUGUAUCCUUAUGCUGGACGAAGUACACGAGCGAACCUUGCUCACCGACAUCGUGAUGGGAUUACUGAAGAAGAUAAUUCGGAAGCGACGAAGUUUAAAAGUAAUUGUGUCAUCGGCAACCGUCGAUGCUGAACAACUUCGUGAUUUCUUCAACACAAACACUUCGAAGGACACUUCAAAGGACUCCGCGACAAUCAUCAGCGUUGAAGGUCGCCUCUAUCCUAUUUAA